CUGAGCCGGUCGGUAGAGCUGGGCGGUAGGCGGCGGCUGCAGCGGCAGCUAGCUGGGCCUGUGCUGUUCCCGCCCCCAGGCUGCAGGCCGUGGGAUGGGCAGGGGCAGCUGCAUGGCGGCGGAACCAGGCCCAGCCACCACUGGGGGAAACCUUUAGUGGGAAGAGACAAACUGAGACACAACCUGCUGGGAGCUGUUAGACCCUCCUGUCCGGGGUCGAGGAGGGAGGACCCUUGUUUGCCUCAGCCUCUCCUUUGGAGACAGGACAGUGAACAGAACCCUUGUGCCAGGUGUUAGGGGAGAGGAGAGCCCUGCUUGGAAGUGACUUUCGGCUGGGUGGGUGAAGAACAGGCCCGGAUGUGAGUGCCCACAACGUGGGUACCACAGACAUGAUGGCCAGUGCUGGGGACUGAGGAAGAGACAGUUUUGCGACAGCUUUCCUGAGGUUGGCCCCGAAGGUGGAGGGAAGGAAGCAGGCAGCAGAAGCCACCGGUCAGAGGGACUGAAGUGCAGGCGUGCUGGUUCAGGUUCCGAGCUCGCCGGCCGGGAGCGGCAGCGCGCUCCGGGCAGCUGGACAAACCCCCGCGCCCGGCUGCGCCGCGCCAUGCCGGAGGGCUGAGCGUCGCGGACGCUGCUCUCUGGGACACAGCAGGACUUGGUCCCGCUUUGCGUGGGGACUGCGCGCGCCAGGGCCGAGCCCGGGCCGCUGACCAUGGUGCUGCCGCCUCCGGACCGGCGCCACGUGUGCCUGACCACGCUGGUGAUCAUGGGCAGUAUGGCCGUCAUGGACGCAUACCUGGUGGAGCAGAAUCAGGGCCCGCGCAAGAUCGGCGUGUGCAUAAUUGUGUUGGUAGGCGAUGUGUGCUUCCUGUUGGUGCUGCGCUAUGUGGCCGUGUGGGUGGGUGCCGAGGUGCGCACGGCCAAGCGUGGCUACGCUAUGAUCCUCUGGUUCCUCUAUAUCUUCGUGCUGGAGAUCAAGCUCUACUUCAUCUUUCAGAACUACAAGGCGGCGCGGCGUGGGGCGGCCGACCCGGUGGCUCGCAAGGCGCUGACACUGCUGCUGUCCGUGUGCGUGCCCGGCCUCUUCCUGUUGCUUGUGGCACUAGACCGCAUGGAGUAUGUGCGCACCUUCCGAAAGCGCGAGGACCUUCGCGGCCGCCUCUUCUGGGUGGCUCUGGAUCUGCUGGAUCUGCUGGACAUGCAGGCCAACCUCUGGGAGCCGCCGCGCACCGGGCUGCCUCUGUGGGCCGAAGGCCUCACCUUUUUCUAUUGCUACAUGCUGCUGCUGGUGCUGCCCUGCGUGGCGCUCAGCGAGGUCAGCAUGCAGGGGGAGCACAUCGCACCGCAGAAGAUGAUGCUGUACCCGGUGCUCAGUCUGGCCACCGUCAACGUGGUGGCUGUGCUGGCCCGUGCCGCCAACAUGGCACUCUUCCGCGAUAGCCGAGUCUCCGCCAUCUUCGUGGGCAAGAACGUGGUAGCGCUGGCCACCAAGGCCUGCACGUUCCUCGAGUACCGCCGCCAGGUCCGCGACUUUCCUCCACCCGCCCUCGCGCUUGAGCUGCAACCACCUCCUUCCCAGCGCAACUCGGUGCCGCCACCUCCGCCACUGCAUGGUCCGCCGGUGCGCCCCCACGGGCCCUCGCCCACUCGCGAUGCGUUGGACACGUGACAGGGCCCCCGCGGGCCGCACAGACGCUGGACUAGCUGCGCACGCGGUUUGCAUGGGAUGGGAUGGGGCAGGCUCCCAUUUGGGACAGGGGCUGUGAGUACCUGUGCAGUGUCUGGGGUGCCGGGGCCGCGUCUGCUUCUUCAUCUCAGGAAUCUCUCGGACCAUGGACCCUCAACUUCCACUCCACUGGCUCACCUUGAUGCACAGGGGCAGUUUGGUGAGGCCUGGUCCCGAGUGGAGAUGCCUCACCCCUGCCUGCUGCUGGGCUGCCAGGGUGGGAAGGGAGGGCAGUGUUCCAGGAGAUCUGGACCUAUGGUAGGGGCCCCUGGCUCAGAGUUUGGGGCCAGUGAGGCCUCUGUCAUUUUAAAGACUUGUGUUUACAGUUUUGUA